AUGUGGUACAUCACGCGCAUCCUGUCGGCGCUCCUGUUUCUGUUCAGCGUCGUUUUCACCAUCCCACUGGCCUUUGAUGUCGGUGGUCGAACCUGCGGUCUCGCAUUCUCUCUCUCGCUGAGCGCCUUCUACUUCUUCUACUCUGCGCUACGACUUGCCACGCCCGAUCGCUCCAGACUCCGCUAUGCCCUCGUCAAUACCAUCGCUGCCUCGCAGUGGAUCGUCAUCCCGACCCUGAUGAUCUGGAGUCUCAACAAGUUCUCGGUCGACUCAGAUGCGAGCGCAUGGGUGGAAAAGACAUUCAGUGGGAAAAGAGCACAGCACGAUACAUUCUAUGCAUGGGUCUUUGGCAGCGACGGCCUGGUGCAGUCACUCACCAUCGGUGGUUGGGACAAACUACUGCGCUGGUCGACGCCCGUCUUCCAGCUGAGCGAAGGCUUCUGCAGUCUGCUCGUCAUUCAGGCUGCAGGUCAGAUUACAAGAUACUUGGUGAAUCGUGAAGGAGGUGAUGGCUGGAUGCUCGGUAAUGUCGAUGCUAUCCUGAUCGGCGUUGCGAUUACCUGUGCCUUCUUCCUGUGUGUUUGGGGUAUUGGCAGCGGCAAGGGCAAUCCCGUCGAAAGCUCGCUGCUCAUCUUCACCGACUACCAACCUUCGAACCCGUCUGAGUCCGUUCCAGUUCCCGCCGAGCCGGAUUUCCCUCCAUUGCCUCCGAUCAUCAUGGCAUCCUACUCGACUUUGAUGCACGCCCUUUCUACUCUGCCGUCUACCAUCCACACCUCUUUCAACUUCCUGUUCGCAGCCAUCAUGACCAUUACUCCUUCUGUCAUCAUCUCGCUAGCUUACCGCCUCUUCGUUAUGUACGCCUCCGCCCGUAUCAUCCCAGCUGUGCGCGAAUCAGGAGCUCGUGCGCUCUCGCAAGAACCGUCUCUAGAAGACAGCGACGGCGUCGGUCAAGUGCUUGGAUUCCUCAGCUACUUCAGCCCAAGUAUCUUGAUUGCUGUAUACACCAGUCUCUUGAUGCAACAUUUCGCUUCGGCUUCCGCUGAUCAUCCUGGGGAAUGGUGGACCAGUCAAGGUGGUGAUGCAGGCAGCAACGUCUGGAGGUGGGCCAACUUAGCCGGUACUAUGGCACUCUACGCAGUGGAAUUGUAUCUGGGCAAGGGCCAUGACGACAGCAGUCUCACAAGUCACUGGAAGAUCGACUGA